GGCACCGAUAACAGAACCCAUAUCUGCGCAUAAUUAUUGUCGGUGCAGGGCCCCGAAAAUAUGCUCCAGUACAUAACAGUUCCAAACGCUAAAUCCUUGCGGCGGGAGUCCAAUGACGCCCAAGGGAUGAUUCAACUCCGUAAGCACCAAGGACUUACUUCCCGGGAAUAAAUGUUUCUAUAGUCAAGUAUCAUAACCGUGGCCUCACUAAAGUAAUAUUCAAAGUCUUCCAAAUUAUUCAUAUGUAACUGGCUAGAUUGUUCAAGGGACUCCACUAUAUCGCAAUGACUUCUACGCCAGAUCCUGCUCCUCCUGGCGACUUCCAAUAUCGAGAUUCAGCAACCGAACGCCUCCAAGAGAAAGAUGAGCAAGGGUUUGCGAGAUUCCAUCCACUUCAGACAUACGCACAUACACUCGACACGGGAUCGAUAACGGCCAAGUAUAAAGAAGAACGUGAUAAACGUUUGCGUAGCGAUGGCGUUGCGCAAUUCAAGGAAGCCGAGGGUACGCUCGCUCAUUUCAAAGAAGAUCCAUGGGCGGCUCCUUUGGUGAGGGCCAAGAUUGAAAAGACAGUAAAGGUCUUGGUAGUGGGAGGUGGAUUUGGAGGCUUGGUAACGGCGGUGGAAUUGAAGCAACAGGAUGUGCAUGAUUUUGUUCUUGUCGAGAAAGGUGCGGGUUUUGGUGGAACCUGGUAUUGGAAUCAGUAUCCCGGUAAUUCAAUUUCUUUUUCUUUUACCAUAGCACAACCAAUAUAGAUAGUAAUAUGCUGACGAUGUUCAGGAGCUAGUUGUGAUGUAGAAGCCAUGAUAUACCUACCCUUCCUUGAGGAAACGGGUUAUGUUCCCGUAGAUAGGUAUUCGUAUGGGCCUGAGAUCCGCGCUCACUGCAACCGCAUUGUUCAAAAAUGGGAUCUUCUACAACAUGCACAUCUUCAAACAGAAAUUACAUCCAUCUCAUGGGACGGUACUCUUCUACGGUGGCACGUUCAUACCAACCAUAAUGACCACUUCAUCUCGCAAUUUGUUGUCCUGGCGACUGGCACGCUCCACAAACCUCAGCUUCCCGGCGUUCGAGGAAUCGGGAACUUUAAAGGUCAUCAUUUUCAUACCGGCCGUUGGAAUUACCAAAUAACUGGUGGGGACUCCAAUGGUAACAUGGAGAAGUUGCGUACCAAGACGGUAGGUAUCAUCGGAACGGGGGCUUCUGCUAUUCAACUUGUGCCCAAGCUUGCAGGAGAUGUUAAAAAGCUUUACAUCUUUCAACGAACGCCGUCAACAAUCUCGGUUCGAGACAAUUGCCGCACUGAUCCUUCAAUGUUAGCUACUUUUAAACCAGGGUGGCAGAAAAAGCUUCUCGACGAUUUUGCAAAUAUACUACAAGGCGAUCUCCUAGAUGACGAUGUCGAAUGCACAGCACUCGAAGGGCUCGAAGCCUUCACGAUGCGAACCAUACACUCAGAAGCCAAGAAGGCAGGAAUCAUGAUAGAGGAAAGAGAGCUGCCGGAGCUCUUCAAAGCGGCUGAUUUCAGACUCAUGGAAGGUAUUAGGAAGCGAAUUGAAGAUACGGUGACAGACAAACAGACAGCAGAGAAACUAAAGCCCUGGUACGCAUUUAUGUGUAAAAGACCGGCAUUCAAUAAUGACUAUCUCCCUACAUUUAACGAGCCGAACGUGGAACUUGUAGAUACGAAUGGGCAGGGAGUAAGCCAUUUGACUGAGACUGGGGUGGUAGCGAAUGGAAAAGAGUAUGCAGUUGACCUACUGAUUUACUCGACCGGGUUUGAGUUUGAAGCCGCCUUCACUUUGUUCAGGCGAACAGGUAUUAAACUGGUAGGCAAAAAAGGGCAGACAUACGAUGAAAAGUGGAACGAGUGUGGGCCGAGUACUCUGUUUGGCAUUCAUGUUCGUGAUUUCCCAAACGUGUUCAACAUUGGGCCUGCGCAGGCCGGUGUCACAGCCAAUCAGACACAUACGAUUAACGUUUCUGGAAAGCACAUAGCUGAAGUCAUAGCCAAGUGUUUGAGGGAGGGAGUCGAGGCAAUCGAACCAUCAGAAGAUGCGGUCGAGGACUGGGGAAAGCAAAUUGAAGAAGGGAGUAGUAUGAGAACCGAGUUUCAUAAAACAUGCCCACCUGGAUACUACAACAGACAGGGUAAGCCGGAGGACAUCCCUGUGAGAUGGGGGAUUUAUCCAAAGGGCAUUGUUAAGUGGGAGGAGUUGUUAAGAAAUUGGAGGCUAGAGGGGAGUAUGAAGGGAAUGGAAAAGAUGGUACUCCGCGAAUAGUAAAG